UCCUAUAUUAGUUACAGAAUGCUCUGCCUUUAAUUUGCAAAUGGCAUUUUAGUGUGGUUUAGCUUAAUAAAUAAUACAGCAUAUGCAAGAAAAAAAAAUUAAAAGAUGCUAGACUGAUACUCAUCUUUGAGUAAGAAAUGUUGCAAUCUCUCUCAGCCAGCUAAUUUCUCUGGGGUAUGGUGAGCGCUUCCUUUUAUGACAGAAGUUAGGGGCAUGGGAAACUUCAGCGGGAAGUGUGGAAAACAGAGAGGAAAUGAGCUGUCAAAAGUACUUGGGGGGAGGGAAGCUGGCAGCAGGACUAAAUGAAACAGAUGCUUCCCCCAGCACCCAGUUCUGAAGCUUGCUUUAUAACACAACCAGCUAAAUAAAAUAUUUCUCUCUCAUGUGUUAUGAGUCCUUGAGAUAUGCAGUUUUCUUAGAAUCAUGUCAAUCAAGGAGAAUAUACAUCACGUAGGAGGGGAAAAUAUGCCCUUUUCUAGUAGUUUGCAAUAUCCUGUCCUCCUGGACAUAAAGUGCAAUUUUGUGCCUAUUGAAGGAGAUUGUAAAGGGAGGGAGAUGGACUGGAAAGCAUGAGGAUUUUUCCCACAGCAACCUGAGCAUCUUCAAGAUCAGGAAAAGUUCAAUUCCCAGAAUCCCGCCAUCAAGAAUCGCUCUUCCUCAGAAUUCUAGAUUUGACACCCACUUUGGAUGUUGCCAAGAUGUGGAGGAAUGGCACAGAUGCAUCAGGGGAGUCCUUCCCUUUGAGGGAAGUGCCAAACUCUUUCCCUAACAACUCAGCACAUUUGCAGUGUGUUGCUGAAGCAGCAUUCCAGCACUUACUGCUACCCAUCAUUUACAGCCUGGUUUGCAUCCUGAGCCUAGCCUCCAAUGGUGUGGCCUUGUGGAGCUCCUGGGUCUACCGAGCUCAGGCUCCACCCAUCAUGAUCUUCAUCUACAACCUGAUUAUCAUUGACCUGCUCUUUGCCCUGUCGCUGCCAUUACAGGCAGUGUAUCAUGCCAGGCACAAUGACUGGCCCUUUGGAGAAGGCCUGUGCAAGGCCACCAAUGCCCUCUUCCUGGCCAACAUGUUCAGCUGCACCCUUUUCCUGGCCUGCAUCUGCCUGGAGCGUUAUGUGGCUGUCCUCCAUCCUGUCCUCUACCUGCGCCUCAAAUGGCCUCUGUAUCGUGUGCUGCUCUCCAUAACUAUCUGGUCUUUGGUAGGGAUUGGGUUGCUGAUCUUCUUCUCCAAGAGCACCGUGACUCAUCUCUUCUCCAGUGGAAACACCGCCUGCAUGGAAAACUUCCCAGCCCAAGUCUGGAGUGGACGUCUGGCAGCCAUAAUCCUAUCUUCCUCAGCCCUGGGCUUCUUCCUGCCUUUCCUUACUAUCAUUAUCUGUUCUAUUGUGAUUGCCCACCGAAUUAUGAAUCUAAGCCAUGGGACAAUGCAGGCAUCUUCAUUGCGUAGGCAUUCCCUUCAAACCCUCUUGAUGGUGACGAGCCUGCUCACCUUCUGUUUCCUCCCUUUUCAUAUCAUCCAUGUGCUACACGCCCUGGGCCGUAUUGGCGUUCUUUCAGCUCCAGGAUUGCUGCACUUCACUUGCUCAGCCCAGCGUGCAGCUAUGGCUCUUGCUAGUAUCAACAGUGCUCUUGACCCCCUGGUAUACUAUUUUAACAUGAAGCCUGCCAAUUGGAAGCUACCAUGCUGUAGCACAGUCAGUCAAAAUCUUAUGGAGCCAGGUGAGAUUGCAAAUAGCACAGGGGAGUGCCCUAGGAGGAACAUAAUCCUUACAGAUUGAAUUUUGCCUAUGGCUUCUUUCUGAGAUCUAGGUGAAAGUGGUAUCUUCCCCUGGAUACUACUGUAACCUAAGUUAUAAGCUUCUUUUUGCCAAAGAGACAGAUUGAGAGAAAGAGAGAAAGAGAAAUUUUAUCUAUGAGUUAUUGAUUUAUUUAAUGCUUGCCUUGACUGGCAUGAUGCUUCACUAGCCCAGCCUAUAUCAUGGUCUUGUCUAAAUUAAGAUAUAGAGGAAUGGAUAAAACUGUAUCUCCCACCUUGUAUUCAUCAUAGUGUUUGUUCUAUAAUUCCCACUGUCCCAAACUGCGCUCCAAUGGACAAUGCUGGUUGGUCAUCAGGUUGAAGACUAGAUUAGAAUAUUCUUUAAAGAUCAGAUAAGAACUGUAGCCCAAGAAUAAUCAGUCUGAAGCAAUGGGAGCAAAGGCUGACCUAGAGAAGAGGACAGAAAAUAAAAAAUAAACCUGGAAUCCAGACUAGAGCUAUCAGAUUUGUGUUGCAAUAAUCUUAGAACGGUUCCCUUUUGCUCCCAUCUAACUAUCAGAAGGUGACUGCAGCCUAGUUCUUUCAUCCUAAUACAGAUGACAUCUGGAAAAUAAUGGUUUGGGAAGCAAUUGUGACUCUAAUUGGAUUUCAUGUAUUGUGCCGAACCAUAACAUAAUUUGGUUUGGGCUUACUGUACUGUUCAAGUUAGCAUUAUGCUUUGUAAACUAUGAUUUUAUAGCUUUGUGAAGUGUGUGAAUUCAGCCACUAUAAUUUAUUUAACAGACUAUGGUUAACAAAAGCUUGGCAAGGAGAAACUUUGGCAGGCAAGACUCAGAGUUCAGGGAUAAUAUGAGGCAAGGAAAGUUUAUCAUGUUAAUCAAGACUGGAAGCAUUGUAACAGUUGGGAUUGUUACUUUAUAUUUAUAUAAUUGUGCAACAUUUUGGCUCAAGGUCCAGAAGAUUGGGAGAUAAAUAAGUAAUCUGUACAAAUCAGCUUUGGAAAUAUGUUGAAGGAUAUGGAUUAAUUUAUUACAUGUUAUUGUCUCCAAUACGUUUCCCAACCUAACAAUUGAAGCAUCAAGAGCUACAACAGCAUACAAGAUAUAAAAGACAUUCCUCUCCACUACUUGAUUAAAAGUCCCCAUUAAAGGGGUCCUGGUUACACUGGCAUAACAUGGUUUCUUCAGUUCUUACCACUGCCAAAUCUGGACACCUGUCCAAACCAGGUCUUUUACAGAAUCUUAAUCAAUAUCCAUCUGGGGAAGAAGACCUGGAGAAAAUAUAAAGCUUUCCAUUUGCGAAUGUUAAGAAGGCUAGACAUAACCAGCAUUGUUCAUUAAUGUUUAAAAAAGACUUUAAUACAGACUUCUUAUAAUGUGAGAUUUAUAUGGUUUAUACAAAUAGUUCUACUUCUUCAACAGUACCUUCUGGAUAAUACAAAUGGGACACAUCCAUUAAGGACACUAAAAUACAGAACUUCAGAGUAAUUUUUAAAAUUCUUGGAUGAAGUCCUCAAGCUGAUCUAAAAGUUAUGAUCAAACUGUAAUUCUUUGUAAUGGAGCAGAAAAGGAACAUUAAUCUCAUGUAUCCAAUAAUCAUAUCAGUUGUACCAUAUUAAUUUAAAUUCAAAUGAAAUGAAAUAUUUUUUUCUGUCCUCUCUCAACUUUGGGGAAGUGCAGCCCCCAGCUUCCUACACAAAAACCCAAAUCAGAGGUAUUAACUAAAUUAGGCAAUAAUAGGUUCUGAUAAUGAUUCAUCAUGUUGACCCUUUAAAAUGAGAAAUACAAAAGUAUUUAGGACUUUUAAAGAAACUGGAUUAUUUCAAAAUAGCAAGGUGAAUCAUAGCAGCCGUAAGAGAAUAAUUCUGAGUAUCCCAAACCCCUAACAUUUUAAAAAGGAUUGACCUUUCUCAUUGUCUUGUUAUCACAAAUUGAGAAUUGCUCUAAAUUUAAGUCCUUGAGAAAUGAAGUCAUCUUUGAAAGUAAAACAGAAAAACAAUAUUCCAUAUAAAGAUUUUUCUUUCAGCUGAAUGUCAUUUCUUAAUAAGGAACGGAUAAAACUUUUAGCUCCAGUUGCUUUAUUCAGAAAACUGAAGACAUAAGGAGAAACAACUUGAUAUCCUUCCUGAAUGUGGUUGAUCUUUACAGAUAAUGUUUUUUCCCUUUAUUUUCCUUUCUAUUUAUAAAAUAUUACCAAUGUACUGGUAGUAGAUGUGUUGCUAGAUCAGAGGCAUUUACUGUAAUCCUAA